AACUUCCGGGUUUAUGCAAGUUGUCAACAGUUUGCCAAAGAUAAAUAAACAUGUAGCUAGAUAGUGUGAGAGCAGAACGCGACCCUUCUUUUUCCUGGAGAGAGAGAGAAGACCGGAAGACUGACAGACGCGGCGGAAAGCAGAAGUAGCUCGUUAACUAACUAGGUAGUUAACUAGAAUGUUUAGCUACUGUAGCUAGCUAACUCAGUUGUGUUGUGAGAAGUGUCCGUUCCAGGCCAGCUAACAACGGGCUGAUGUGUGUGCUAACCCCAGCCUGCUCUCCCUCUUCGCGGCUACACUACCUCUACUGAUGCCCGUCUCUGCCGGGGCUCCAUGGAAGAGCUGCUAGUCCAGGGCGGGACAGGAACGUGACUGCAGCAGACUAUCCUCACCCCUGCCCUCUGCCCUGAGCUAAGUACGGUCCCUGAUCAUCUCUCCGGUCCAACGGGAUAUUAGAACCGUGGAGUGAGCUUGGAAACGGGAGCUACGACCGACAGAGCAAGCGGCGAUUGGGCGACGAAUACUUUUCCAACUCUUUCUACAACUUUUUUUUUUAUAAAAGUCUGAUUCAUAAAGUUGUCAUUUUUUUUUUAUCUCAACAUCCAACUGGUGAAGGUUAUGCAGUGUGUCUGUUCGGCUGUGAUGAGAUGUCGUCAUGUAAGGCAUAGAGGCGACCGUCUCCGGAAGAACCCGACAUACUGCUGCUACAGAACCCUGCUAUAGGUCCCAGAACAAGAUGAGUGGGGGGAAGAAGAGGAGUGGCUUCCAGAUUACCAGUGUGACGUCAGACUACACUCAGAGCUCUGGGGAAGCCCCACCCCCUGCCCAGGUCUCUAGCCAAUCAAAUCCCUCCCCUCCGUCCUCCAGCCAAUCCACUGCUUCCUCCCAGCCUGGCCCCUCCCACCUGCAGGGAAGCACCUCCCAGCCGACGACUCCCCUCUCUCUGAGGAAAUCCAGCUCCCAAGAUGCCGCGGGGCAGGGAUCCAGGUUCCGAGUCGUCCGAUUGGGCCAGGGCCACGGAGAACCCUAUCACCGGGGGCGAUGGACCUGCACUGACUUCCUGGAACGAGAGGAAGGAUUGGGGCUUAGACGGGUGAUGGACAGCAUGAGACACGCCCACUCUCUGGAGUCGCUUGAGGGGAUUGGUCUAGAGAGGGGAGGGGCUACAAGCAGGCUGCUGGGGAACGUGCGCGCUCUCAGGACGGGACACCUUGUGCACUCUCAGGGUACCUCCCACUUGUUGGCCCAGCCAAUAGGGUCAGAUGGGGAGGGGUUUGGAGGCCUGAAACCCCUCUUCCUCCACAGCGGCCCGUCCUCCCCCACACACCUGGACAGACUCCACUUACGAUUGGUCGACUCCACGCCCCCUCCACCCAGCCCCCGCCCACGGAAGAUCCCCCCUCCUCUACGCCUGGACGUGGACGCUACCGGGAGGUCCCUGUUGAGAGUGUCUCAUUCCCAGCCCAGCUCCCCCCUACAGGAUAGAGAUGGUGUGUUCCCACCCAGUUUGACUCCCAUCCAGACUCCUUCGGCCUGGUCCAUGUUCGGCCCCGGGGGGGGCUUCCAUCUGCCGGGGGAUGACAGUGGGUCGAGCAGCAGCAUGAUCGCAAUAGACAACAAGAUCGAGCAAGCAAUGGACCUUGUGAAGACCCACCUGAUGCUGGCGGUCAGAGAGGAAGUGGAGUUGCUGUGGGAACAGAUUAAAGACCUAUCAGAAAGGAACGCCCAGCUGGAGAGAGAGAACGAUAUCCUGAGAACUCUGAGAGACUGACAGAUUAAAGACCUAUCAGAAAGGAACGCCCAGCUGGAGAGAGAGAACGAUAUCCUGAGAACUCUGAGAGACUGACACAGUUACACUCCUGCCAUGAUCACUCCAGAAUACAUGUAACAUUACUGAUUCUCUCUGACUGCACAAAACAACAAUAAAUAACUAUACUAAAGA